AUGCCAAAGGCUCCUAAAUUGAAAUAUACGCCAGAAAAUCUCGAAGAAGCGAUAGCUGAACUACAAAACAAUGAAAAAAGAUUGUCAGAUCGGCAGAUAUGCCAAAAACAUGGUGUCCCAAGGACUACCCUCAGAGUUUACAAACAUAAGCCAGGCCACAAAACGAGUCUCGGACCUUCGCCUAUCUUGACUUUAGAAGAAGCUAUUCUCGAAGAUUGGAUUAUAUCUUCAGCACGAAAAGGUUUUCCAAAAAAUAAAGAUAACAUUUUAGAUAGCGUUCAAAAGUUUCUCAUCGACAACCCACGACCCAACCCAUUCCUUAAUAAUCGACCUGGUAUUGGAUGGUUGAAGGCUUUUUUAAAGAGACACCCUAGACUUAGUAUCAGAACUUCAGAAGGAGUGACGAAAGCGAGUUCAUGUGUGUCAGAAAAAGACAUACGAGGUUGUUUUGACGAAAUACGUCAGUACGCUGAAGAAAAAGGGUUAACUGAGAUUCUCAAUCAACCCAAUAGAGUUUUUAAUGCAGACGAGACCAACUUUCGAAUUUGUCAGAGCACAGGACUAGUUGUAGCAGAGAAAGGUUCAAAAAAUGUUUAUAACAUUGAAAACUCAAAUGCGAAAGAAUCAAUAACAGCUUUACUCAUGUCCUCGGCAGCAGGUGGCAUAUGUUGCCCAUUUAUUGUAUAUCCCUAUCAAAGACUACCAGAAAAAAUAUGCGAGUCUUUACCGGAAGAAUGGGGCAUUGGAAAAUCGGAAAAUGGCUGGAUGACUGCUGAAGUGUUUUAUGAGUUUAUUGCUAACGUUUUUCACCCAUAUUUAGUCUCCAAAUCCGUCGAAUUCCCAGUAAUACUAUAUGUUGAUGGCCACAAAACACAUUUAAAUUACCAUUUGAGCCAGUUAUGUACACAUCUCAAAAUUGAAUUAAUAGCACUGUAUCCCAACGCGACGAGGAUUAUUCAGCCAACUGACGUCUCUGCAUUUAGACUCCUAAAAGUAGGCUGGAGGAAGUACCUAAAGAAAAGGCAAUUAUUAAAUCAAAAUAAGGGGAUAACCAAACAAAAUUUUGCACAUAUCUUAAAUGAAGUACUUGCAGCAAGUUUGAGACCAGAUAUAUUGGUUAUCAGGCGUAAUGGUUUCAAGGCGUGUGGUAUCUGCCCGUUUGAUCCCAACGCUAUCAAUUAUUCAAAAUAUUUAGGCAAAAAUACUGUUCGACAUAAAGAUGCAUCUAACGAACUUUCCGAUACAGCAACAAUAACCUUUAAGUCAUUCAAAACCAUAGUUGGAUCUUCGCUUUGUAACAGAUUCCAAGAUGAGUCGUUCAGCACUACAGAAACGCACCUUAAUGUGAAAUAA